UGGAGCCUUCCCCCCCGUUUCACUGCGAGUGACCCAGAGAGAAACAGCCGCGCAGCCAUGAGCCACAGCCCCGAGAGGAUCUCUUCUUACCGCCGCCACUUCGAGGACGGCGCCGGCGGCUCACUGUACCAGGUUCGGGUGACCAGCCCCUCCCCCACUCGUCGGGAGGCCUGCCUCCGCUCCGCCAGCUACACCCGCAGCGCCGCGGCGACCGGCAUGCGUGCCGAGGUCAUGGGCCGGAGGACUGCCUCCAUCACGCGUAGUCCCCGCAUGGCCAGUUUAACCAUGGGAGCAAUCUGUUACGGCGCCGGGGCCGGAGUGGCCCUGGAUCUGGACGCUGCCGCCGCCGAAAACCAGGAAUUCCUCAGCACGCGCAGCAGCGAGAGGCAGGAGAUGGUCGUGCUCAACGACAGACUGGCGGCCUACAUUGAGAAGGUUCGGACACUGGAGCAGCAGAACAGGCAGCUGGAGGCAGAGAUUGAGGCCCUGCAGAACCGUUUCGUAAAGCCGUCAGGUCUGCGGAUGCUCUACGAGGAACAGCUGAGAGAGAUGAAGAGGGUCGCUGAUCAGAUGAAAAGGGAGCGGGACAUGGCUGUUGCCGCUAAAGAUGCUAUGGCUGGUCAACUCGAGAUGCUCAAAGCGAAGUAUGAGGAGGCGGUGGAGAUGAGGAAGAAGGCCGAGUUGGAGAUAGAGGCUUUCCGCCCGGAUGUUGACGCAGCUACAUCCGCGCGCAUUGCUCUGGAGAAACAUCUGGAGAAUUUGGAGGCGGAAAUUGAGUUCCUCCGGAGGGUUCACAGGGAGGAAAUUGAGGAGCUAAUGCAACAAAUAUAUAAAGCAUCGGGCACAGUGGAUAUAGCUUUUUCUGUCCCAGACCUCGCGACUGCUCUCAAACAAGUGCAAGAUCAAUACGACUUCAUCGCUGCUAAAAACCUACAGGAGAUGGAUUCUUGGUAUAAGACGAAAUUCGAGGACUUAAAUCAUGCUUCUACAAAACAUGUGGAAAGUGUUCGAGGUGUGAGGCAGGAGAUUUCCGGCGCUAAGAAAGACAUCCAGAACAAGGAGCGCGAUCUCGAGGCCUUGAAAACCAGAAAUGAGACACUGGAAGCACAAAUCCGCGAGAGGCAAGAAAAGUACAAGAAGGAACUGGAGGAACUACAGGCAAAGAUAGAUAGCCUGAAACUGGAGAUGAAAAUCACCAAGGAGAAAAUUGCCCUGCACCUCCGUGAAUACCAGGACCUCCUGAACAUAAAGAUGGCCUUGGAGAUUGAAAUCACCACAUACAGGAAACUGAUUGAAGGGGAAGACUUGCGACUGACAGGCAUGGUGCAGGGCAUGUCGCUAAUGAGCAGUAGCAUGAGUGCUUUGAGUGCUGGGACAAGCGUGGGCUUGGGCAGUGGAAUGGGCGUAGGCCUGGCCGGCGGAAUGGGCGUAGGCCUGGGCGGUGGCAGCAGUGGUGGGAUAGCUGGAAAGAAUGAGAGGGGAGUCAUUGAAAGCUACUCUGAACAAGCAGUGGAAAUGACAGAGAAGAAGACUGUGCUCAUCAGUUAAGACAGAAGGUGUCACAGCGCAAAGUGACAUACAGGAGAGAAACAUCAUCAUCUCCGGAGCAGCUGAUGACACAGACGAAGAGCAAGGCUGCUCCUCCUCCCCUAACCCCUC